ACCGGUAAAUUUAAGUAAAAAUCUAGGAACAGGAAAAAAUUCAUAUUAUGUUACUAUGUUACUCGAAAUUAACUGUUAUCCUUUAAAAAACGACUCGUGCGACUAAUAAAGUUUGAGAGUAACAUUAUUUUUUAUGUUUGUUGAAAUGAAAGGGAUUUAGAAAUGAAAAAUUUCUGGAAACAAAAAUUUUGUUGCAUUAAUAAUCAGCAAUGAGGUCGACUAUUGCACAAUGAGCUCCGACACGAUGGUCCAAACAAUUGGUCUCACCACGACAGGCAUUUAAUGCGAAGCACAUGAAACUUUGUCGUGUUGAAAUAAAGAUACAUGUCACGCUGGUCGUUCUUCUUUUUCAAAUUUUAUUCUGUUUUCCAUCAAUUCUAUCAGCUUCUUUCCAAUUUUUGAUCUGAAACGUUUUAACACUGGAGAAUGUUAUCUGUGCAGUCACAUUUUAUGAUUAAUUUUGUCCGGAUGAGAGAUUGUAUACAUGUUAGUUUAGAAAUUAGAAAUGAAUGUAUGCAAAAACGUCCAAUUCAUUGUGUACAUUUUUACCAUCUGGAUUACCGAUUUCGUCUUCUGAUGCUUCAGUACCUUGUGCUUAUUAGGUAUACAGUGCCGCAGGGAGUGAGGAUGGAGUUCCAAGACACAAUCAAUCGUAUAUUGGUUGAAGAUUUUAAAAUCUCUGCCUAAUUUUAAUGUUUAAUUUCAACUAAAAUUGUAAUUUGAUCUUGUGAAUGAUUACUCAAUCCUCUCUAGGGGCCUUAUCCAGCCCCCGGUGACCCUAGACUACUGUAGGUGUUCUUGAAGAUGGUAGAGUUUUUGUGACGAUGCCUAUUUUCUAAUAUAAAUAAUCUCUUUUUGAAAUUUGUAAGACUUGGCCAUGGCUUAAGAAUCGUUCGUGCAAAUUCAAUGAAAAUGAUCCAAACAUACGCUGCUUAGUGUAUUCUAUAUUAGAAGAAACUGUCUUCCAAGAUCGUAAACCUUGCUGAGUUGUUUAAUUCAAUGUUAGCGUUUGUUCUAUCUCACCGGAAUAGUUUGCUUGUAGACUGAUGCUGACUGGACGUCAGGGCGACGCAAACGUAUUCUUAGUUUGGUAUUUAUCAAUCAAUGCCUGUUCUACAUUUGCAAUAUGGUGUCACCUGACAAAUGUCCCACUGGACAUAUUUGCCGCAUCUCUUCAAAGUAAACACGGCAUCAUCCAUAAUUUGUUUAUUAUUGCUACAACAUUUAUGAAGAUUUCUUUUUUAAUCUUCUUCAUGACUGCCAAGUUUAAUUUAUCAAAGUUAUAAUUCUCUAUCGCGAAUGCGAUAGAGAAAAAAAUUGGCUUAAAAUUCAUGGCUUUUCAAUAAUGAACUUGUUGAUUUUAUUCGAUAUUAUAUAUUAAAUUAUUGCAAUAUUACUGCAAUUAUUAUCGCAAUGUUAUUACUCAUUCCUUUUGAAAUAACCUUAACCAGAGAGAGCAGAGAUGCAGGUGGUGUCGAAGGCAGUGCGGCGCCUAGCCUCCUUCAGGUCCCGCCUCAUGUCCUCCGUUGCGUCCAUCGACCCUUCUGCAGGUCUGACCGACGAGCAGCUAGCGACGCAGGAGUUGGCGACGCGCUUUGCCCACAACGAGAUGCUGCCUCACAUGGCCCAGUGGGACCAAAAGGAAGAGUUCCCUUUGUCGACGCUGCGCGCAGCGGCUCAGCUAGGCUUCGGUGCCAUCUAUUGCAAAGAAGAUUACGGCGGGUCGGGCCUUACACGUCUCGAUGCUUCCAUCAUAUUCGAGGCACUUUCACUUGGCUGUGUCUCGACCACGGCAUACCUCAGCAUACACAACAUGUGUGCGUGGAUGCUGGACACGUACGGCAGCGAAGAACUCAAAGCUCGGUAUCUUCCUGACCUGGCGACUAUGGAGAAGUGCGCGUCGUACUGCCUCACUGAGCCCGGGUCAGGUUCCGAUGCUGCGUCCUUGUCUACGACUGCGGUAAAAAAUGGCGACUACUAUUCAAUAACAGGCUCUAAGGCAUUUAUAAGCGGUGCUGGUGAGAGCGAAGUGUAUUUAAUCAUGUGCCGCACUGGCCAGCCUGGACCUAAAGGAAUAUCUUGCAUUUUGGUGCCGAAAGAGACUCCUGGCGUCACCUUUGGUGCUAAAGAACGUAAAGUUGGGUGGAAUUCUCAACCGACGCGUAUAGUUCAUUUGGAAAGUGCCGUGGUCCCAGUGGCGAACAGACUGGGGGAAGAAGGAGAAGGCUUUAGCAUAGCCAUGAGUGGUCUAAAUGGUGGGCGAAUCAACAUCGCCUCAUGCUCGGUGGGAGCCGCACAAGCCAGCCUCGACGCCGUCAUAGAGUACACGAAAACUCGUAAGCAGUUCGGUAGUCCCAUUGCUGCGUUUCAGCACACGCAGUUCGAGAUCGCGGAGAUGGCAGCCGAGUUGCUGGCGUCGCGACUUCUUGUACGGAACGCAGCAGUCGCUCUUGAUACCAAACAUCCCGACACUGUGGUGCUCUGUGCCGCCGCCAAGCUAUAUGCCACAAGGAACUGCUUGCAGGUAAUCGACCGCGCAUUACAACUGCACGGCGGGUAUGGGUACCUCAAAGACUAUCCCGUUCAACAAUACUUACGCGACUGUCGCGUGCACACCAUAUUAGAGGGGACCAACGAGGUCAUGAGGGUCAUAAUGGCGCGGCAUUUGAUGGCUUCGUGAGGUAGCAAUAGUUCGUAUCAUAUAUGUACAAGCUAUAAUCAACUUCAUCAAUACACUUGUUCAAUUGAGAGAUCGGAAACGGGGCACCGGCCCACUCAAGUAUAAAAUUUAUUCAAUGCAUAGUUUGGACAGACGUAUGCGCUGUUCUGUAAAUUUUGCCUUCGAGAAUCGAUACCGCGACUUUCAAAUGGUGACUAGUAUUUGUAUAUAUACCGAGUAAAACGCGAAUACAAAUAAAAUAUCUAAUCAAUUUGUUGCGUUGCGAGUGAUCAUCAAAAAGAACCUUGCAAGUUUGUCAGUAUUCCAUACUCUAAAAUGGGCAAGAAUGUGUCUUGCAGAGACCAGUCCCUUGAAUUUUUUGUAGCUAAAAAUGCAAUAGAUGAAUUUCAAUGUCGUAUAAUUUGUCGCAUGUAUCAGUCUUCCACUUUUACCGCGCAUGAUACGCGUUGGUGAAAAUCUACAAAAAAAAUUUUCGGUCAAAUUUUCUGCACCACUACUCAUUCAUGAAGACAUUGCCCUGCACUGUGGGAUUACUGUCUUAUCUUCAGUGCAUUGCAUUGAGCAAAUAAUUGUUAAUAAAUACGCGGACCUUGGAGGUCUGGCUGCAAUUAUCAAAAAUUACCCCUUGUAUCAAGAAAUUCACUGUUUAAGGUACUAAAAUACUUUAUUGAAAUAGGCUGUAGAAUAAAUAGCUAAUCUUAAAAUGUACAAACAAUUGAAUUGAUAUUAUGGAUAUAACAGACGACACCGAAACGUACCUUAUUUUAAGUUAUUUCUAUCAUAAAUUUCAUGUUCCAAUCAACGGAACCACCAUAUUGUAGCAGCUGCAGUAAAAUGAACAGACGCUUGCAGCGUGGAAUAAUUCGCUGCCGUAGCUGCAAGAUCUUUCACUUAAACUUGCAUAAUAAUAUAAUGAGACGAACAAUGAUGAGACAAGAUAGCUCCUUACAUUAUCUUUCUUUGGUGUAUCCAAGAGGGACUAAAUACAUGUGGAAGCCAUAUAUUGAUUUAACAGAUUGUCAUCGCCAUUUCAAUCUGAGAAAUAAAUAUUUCAAUAAUUCAGACAACAAAAAAUUUUGUCAACUAUGAAAAAUAUUGCAACUUACUAAAGUAAAUCAUUCUCUCACAGUG